AUGGAUGUGAAAUCCUCGCAUAAUGAUACAACUAUCGAGAUGACACUGCCCAGUCGUUAUUUGCCAUUGGGUUAUACGUCCGAAAUUUGCCAGAAAACUCCGGAACGAAAUGUCUCAUGCCCCGGGGUCGGUUUAUUCCCUCGGGCCGCACAAUCACCGUCAAUUCUGGGCGAAGCCGUUCUCAGUCGUGUGCCUCGACUAACGUCAAACGCUUUCCAACCCCAAUCGAAUUUGAAUGCACCCCAGUCAUCGAAUUUUCAAUAUGGACAAGUGGUGAAUUACACGUUAACGGGCGUGCCCGGGGCGACUUCAAUACGUCUGUGGCUGCGAAUUUUAAAUACCCGAUUUGCUGGUCCCAUGGGGACAACAGUGACUUUGACUACACUGGAAGACGUGCCCGGACCGGUGGCUAAUCUGAGAGCCGUGGUAGUCAGUGUGAACUACGCUGACAUUACCUGGAGUUUGCCAGCCGAACCGAAUGGCAAUUUGACCGGGUUCGAGUUUGAGGCCAUGGAAUUAAAAGGUCUCGAAAUGGGCUUUGGUUUUCGUUAUCCAACUUUGAUGAACGCAACGGCUACUUCAUAUCGGAUGCCACGGUUGAAACCAAACACAACCUAUCGGAUCACUGUGUGGCCAAUGACAUCAGCUGGUCUCGGGGUGGACACGUUUAUUGAUGUGACUACUGCACCAAGUGAUCGAGCCCCGGACCCGCCAAGUUUUGCAAUCUCCUCAGUUGGCAUGUCCAAUUUCACCGUGAUCUAUGAACCAAGUCACAUAGGGAUACCGGGGACGGUGUUUUUUGUGCAAUACCGACAGCCAGGCAUCAUACAUUGGCUGGAAUCUGAACCCACUUUCAUUGAACGGGAGAUAGUGGUGGACGAUCUCGUUGCAGACACCUCGUAUGAAGUGCGCAUGGUGGCCACGAACGGUGACUUGCUGUCCACUGCCAGCACAACACGCAUUGUCCAUACCUUGGGUGGUCCCGGUCCGGCCAGUCUAACCGGGGCCGGAGGGACGUGGUUCAUCAUUGUCUGUUUACUCCUGAUCGCAUUUAUCGCGUUUCUUAUCCUGCUCGUCCUACUGCGAACACGUCGCCUGCGCGAAGUUCAGAAGAGAGCCGCUGAACCAGUUCCUUUUGCUCAACCGUCAGAAUUGAGUCCUGAAUAUGCACAACCAAUGGAACCGGGUGAAUCCAGUCGACUAUUGGCCCCAACGUAUCCCCCAUCGAACCUGUCAGUACCCCAAGUUCCACCGGUCCCUCGUCAUUCUGAAAGCCAAUGGUCCCCUAGUGAAGGUGAAGAAGGAAUGAGUGAUUUCGAGCCCGAUUCGUAUACGACGAGCCAAGGUGAGCUUUGUCGUCACUUGGCAAUUUGCUAA